CAGACGGCUGCCUGCCGGGAGCCAAAACGAAAGCACUCUGACCGGGACUGGCCUGGAGUCAGGACUCCCGGGAGAGGAGAGCGCGAGCGGGCCAGCGCCGGGACCCCAAGGCUGAGGAACGAUUCCAGCCUCGCCUACCUCGAGGCCCGCGGCUGAGUGGGAGAAGAGGUGUGGUGUCUGCCCCCCCUCGGGGGGGGGGGCGCAGGACAGGGCCUCAGGCCUGGGUGCUGCCUGGCACCUGGAAGAUGCCUGUGCCCUGGUUCCUUCUGUCCUUGGCUCUGGGCCGGAACCCCGUGGUCCUCUCUCUUGAGAGGGUUGUGGGGCCUCAGGACACGGCCCGCUGCUCUCCGGGCCUGUCCUGUCACCUCUGGGAUGGUGACGUGCUCUGCCUGCCUGGGAGCCUCGUGUCCGCCCCAGGCCCCGUGCUGGUGCCCACACGCUUGCAGACAGAGCUGGUGCUGAGGUGCCAUGAGGAGACUGACUGUGACCUCUGUGUGCGUGUGGCCGUCCACUUGGCCGUGCACGGGUACUGGGAAGAUCCUGAAGAUGAAGAGAAGUUUAGAAGAGCAGCUGACCCAGAGCUUGAGGAGCCUAGGAAUGCCUCUCUCCAGGCCCACAUCGUGCUCUCCUUCCAGGCCUACCCUACUGCCCACUGCGUCCUGCUGGAGGUGCAAGUGCCCGCUGCCCUCGUGCAGCCUGGUCAGUCUGUGGGCUCUAUAGUAUUUGACUGCUUCGAGGCUGCCCUGGGGGCUGAGGUGCAAAUCUGGUCCUACACUCAGCCCAGGUACCAGAAGGAACUCAAUCUCACGCAGCAGCUCCCUGACUGCAGGGGUCUGGAAGUCCAGGACAACAUUCAGAGCUGCUGGGCCCUGCCCUGGCUCAACGUGUCUGCAGAUGGCGAGGACGUGCGCCUGGUGCUGGACGUCUCUGAGGAGCAGCACUUUGGCCUCUCCCUGUACUGGAACCAGGACCAGGGCCCUAUAAAACCCUGGUGGCACAGUAACCUGGUGAGGCCUCCCCCUCCCCAAGUCCAUUCCCAUGCUAAAGUUGCAAGUGCCUUAUCACAGGGGACCCUUGAAAAGGACACAGCCACCCACGGUCAAAGCAAGGAUCAUCGGUGGGGAAAUAGCUGCCUGCUGAGUGUCCUUAACUUUGGCCUGCAGCCUUCCUCCUACUCAUCUUAUCCAGCUUCUCCCCUUCUACUUGUCCCACAGACUGGGCCACAGACCAUUACCUUGAACCACACAGACCUGGUCCCCUGCCUCUGUAUUCAGGUGUGGCCUCUGGAGCCCGACUCUGUCAGGACCAGCAUUUGCCCCUUUAGGGAGGACCCCCGCGCACACCGAAACCUCUGGCGCGCUGCCCGGUUGCAUCUGCUUCCCUCGCGGGGCUGGCGGCUAGACGCGCCGUGCUCGCUGCCCGCUGAGGCCACUCUGUGCUGGCAGGCACUGGAUGGCGGCCCCUGCCUGCCGCUGGUCCCGCCGCUGCCCCGAGAAAACGUUACAGUGAAUAAGGUUCUUGAGUUCCCCUUGCGGAAAGGCCACCCCAACGUCUGUGUCCAGGUGAGCACCUGGGAGAAGCUACAGAUGCAAGAGUGCUUGUGGGCUGACUCCCUGGGGCCCCUCAAGGAUGACAUGCUGUUGGUGGAGACACGAGGCCCCCAGGACAAUGGUUCCCUCUGUGCCUUGGAACCCAGUGGCUGCACCCCACUGCUCAGCAGGGCAUCCACGAGGGCAGCUCGCCUUGGAGAGCAGUUACUACAAGACGUGCAGUCGGGCCAGUGUCUACAGCUGUGGGACAGUGACCUGGGAGCACUCUGGGCCUGCCCCAUGGACAAGUAUAUCCACCAGCGCUGGGCCCUGGUCUGGCUGGCCUGCUUACUCUUGGCCGCUGUGCUUUUCCUUCUCCUUCUUCUCAAAAUGAACCCUGUGAAAGGGUGGCUGAGGCUCUUGAAGGAGAACAUCCGCGCGGGGGCGGCCUCCCGGAGCCGCGCGGCUCUGCUCCUCUACUCCGCCGACGACGCGAGCUUCGAGCGCCUGGUGGGCGCCCUGGCCUCGGCGCUGUGCCAGCUGCCGCUGCGCGUGGCCGUGGACCUGUGGAGCCGCCGCGAUCUGAGCGCGCAGGGAGCGCUGGCCUGGUUCCACGCGCAGCGGCGCCAGACCCUGCAGGAGGGCGGCGUGGUGGUCCUGCUCUUUUCGCCCGGGGCCGUGGCGCUGUGCCGCGAGUGGCUGCAGGAUGCCACUUCGGCGCCCAGGGCGCACGGCCCGCACGAUGCCUUCGCCGCCUCGCUCAGCUGCGUGCUGCCAGACUUCUUGCAGGGCCGCGCGCCCGGCCGCUACGUCGGGGCCUACUUUGACAAACUGCUGCCCGCGGACGCCGUGCCCGCCCUGUUCCGCAGCGUGCCAGUCUUCUCUUUGCCCUCACAGCUGCCCGACUUUCUGGGGAUUUUGCAGGGGCCCGCCGCCCCCCGCUCCCGACGGCUCGCGGAGAGAGCGGAGCAAGUGUCCCGGGCCCUGCAGCCCGCCCUGGAUAGCUGUUUCCGGCCCCCGGGGGCCCUGGGGACAGGACGCGGGAUGGGGCCUGAGGCAGGAGUCAGAACUUGAAUAAAGUAGGACGCUAUUUUUCUA